AUGCUGCUUGUCCCUGAGGGAGACCCGGAUGCACCAGACAUCCCGACCCCGUGGUCUUACUCAGAGGCGAUUACGGGUCCUUACUCCUCUCAGUGGCAGGCAGCCAUGGAUGCUGAGAUGGCAUCCUGGAAGUCCACAGGCACCUACGUCAACGAGGUUCCCCCACCAGGGGCGAACAUAGUCGAUGGCAUGUGGAUUUUCAGGGUGAAGCAGCCGCCGGGUUCUCCGCCUGCUUUCAAGGCGCGUUACGUUGCUCGAGGCUUCACUCAGCGUGACUACGAGUUGCACUCUCUGGACUUCAGCACAGUUUUCUUGCAGGGCAACCUGCACGAGGAGAUCUGA